AUGGCUCAGAAACGUCCCAACUUUCUCGUCUUCGUCGCCGACGAUCUCGGCUUCUCAGAUGUCGGCUGCUUUGGAGGAGAGAUCCGAACCCCCAACAUCGACAAGCUCGCUCAGGAUGGGGGUAUUCGUUUCACGGACUUCCACGCUGCGGCAGCCUGCUCACCGACCCGCGCCAUGAUCAUGACAGGGACAGACCACCACAUCGCAGGACUCGGCAACCUGAUUGAAUGGACUAACAUCUCCGGUCAGAACGGUCCCAAGGGUUCCCAGAUGAGCACGGCGCCUCAGCGUGGGAUGCCUGGGUACGAGGGUUAUCUGAAUGAACGUGUCGUGGCCCUGCCCGAGCUACUGCGAGACGCCGGGUACCAGACCCUGAUGUCUGGGAAAUGGCACUUGGGGCUAACGCCCGAGCGCUCUCCGUACAAGCGAGGCUUUGAACGGUCUCUAGCACAUCUUCCCGCCUGCUCGAACCACUACGCCUUCGAGCCCCAGCUCCAAGGCAAGGAUGAGACACCAGCGUUCCUAGAGGCCAGCUACAUCGCGCUCCACAUGGAGGACGACCAGUACGUGAAAAAGCUGCCAGAAGGCUGGUACUCGUCCGACGGGUACGGUGACAAGAUGCUCGAGUAUCUCAAAGACCGCACUGCGAAGAAAGACGAGCGUCCUUUCUUUGCGUAUGUGCCGUUCACGGCGCCGCACUGGCCACUGCAAGCCCCGCAGGAAUACAUCAAACAUUACCGCGGGGUUUACGAUGACGGCCCUGAUGCACUGCGGCAGAAGCGUCUGCAACGCCUCAAGGACCUAGGUAUGAUCCGGCAGGACGUGCAGCCGCACCCCGUCGUGGCCGAGGAGGUCAAGGAAUGGGACGACUACACGCCCGAGGAGAAGGAGAAGUCGUGCCGCGCGAUGGAGAUCUUCGCAGCGAUGGUCGAGUGCAUCGACGCCAACGUCGGCAAAAUCGUCGACUAUUUGGAGAGUAUCGGCGAGCUGGACAACACCUUUGUGUGCUUCAUGUCCGACAACGGCGCCGAGGGUGCCGCCUACGAAGCCUACCCGAUGGUACAGAGCGGCGUGAUGCCUCACCUGCAGCAGUACUACGACAACAGCCUCGACAACCUGGGCAACUAUAACUCCUUUAUCUGGUACGGCCCGCGCUGGGCACAAGCCGCCACCGCCCCGUCCCGACUAUACAAGGCCUACACCACCGAGGGGGGUGUUCGGGUUCCCUUCGUCGCCAAGUUCCCAAAGACCGUCAACGUCGCCAACCAGGCGCGCGGGAUCACCGACCAGUUCGCCACCGUCAUGGACCUGGCCCCCUCCAUCCUCGACAUGGCGGGCGUCACACACCCGGCGCCAACCUACCAGGGCCGCGAGGUCGUGCACAUGCGUGGCAAGAGUUUCUACCCCUGGGUCAAGGGCGAGACGGACCGUAUCCACGCCAAGGACUUCAUCCAGGGCUGGGAGACAUGUGGUCGUGCAGCCCUGCGCUUCGGAGACUGGAAGAUCGUCUAUAUUCCCGCCCCGAAGGGCCCCGAACGCUGGCAGCUGUAUAAUCUCGAUGCCGAUCCGGGCGAGGUCAACGACCUGGCCGAGGUGGAGCCGGAGCGACUCAAGCAGCUCCUCAAACUAUGGGACCAGUACGUGAUCGAAACGGGCGUCAUUCCCUUGAGUCCCGACCUCGGCGAAUUCCUCGAGGCCACCGAGGCCCAGAUGCCCGAAAACGCCUGGAUGGAGUUCGAUUACUGGAAAAAGGGGGCGAGAGAUGACCCGAAAAAGUUUACGCGCAAGCCUCCAAGGUUCCAACGGGUUGUUAAGCAGUUCUAAAACAGGACAGUACCCUUGUAUAUGUUGUUUCUUAACAGGAUAAAUUGAAUAUAUACUGUAUUCUAUCUCAGAAUGAUGUGCU